AUGAAGGAAAACGACACUGCUCUCUAUCCAAACCCCGAAGUUUCUCAAGCGGUUACUCAAUAUUCUCUUGAACAUUCAACCAAGCUUCCUAAACAUGUAUUAGACCAUCAUGCUUGGGGAUCGACUCAACCCAAGGCCAAUUUUAUGAUCUCGCCUUUCCAAGCACAGUUUCAGAUUUUUAUGGCCAGGGCUAUGGGUGCCAAAAGAAUUCUAGAGAUCGGAACCUACAUUGGAUUUUCUACUAUGGGAUGGUCUGAGGCCGUCGGUCCCGAAGGUCACGUAACAAGCCUUGAAUUUUCCCCCGAAUACGCGGAAAUUGCCCGCGAGACGUUCUCCAAAAACAACCUCAGUAAUGUUGAGGUUUUGGUUGGUGAUGCUCGUGAAUCAAUUAAAAGCUUGAUCACCAACCUACAAGAACCUUACGAUCUGGUUUUUAUCGACGCCGACAAAACUUCAUAUCCCGCUUAUCUCGAUCUCAUCCUCUCUCUUUCCUCCCCAUCUUCUACGCAAACCCGUCUCCUCAAACCCGGCGGUCUAAUCCUCGCAGAUAAUAUUCUGCGUCGCGCACUCGUCGCCGAUUCCAGCGCCGCAAACCCAUGGGCCAUCAAAAACGGAGAAAAGACCUGGAAAGAAGGUGACUUAAAUGCACUGAAAGAAUUUAAUGAUUUAAUGGUUACCGAGAAGAGAUUAGACACGUUUUUGUUACCCUUAUUUGAUGGAGUAGGAAUGGGGAGAUUGAAGGAUUGA